GCCUAGGCUGAGCCGACCCCGCGUGCCUCCCGCUUGCCUCCCGCGCCGCCCGCACGAGCGCUUCUUUCCAGCAUGUUGUGGCAGGGCAACCAGGCACUCCGGCGCUUCUCCACCGGCCAGGUUUAUUUCAAAAACAAGCUGAAGGUGGCACUUAUUGGUCAGAGCCUCUUUGGACAAGAAGUCUACAGCCACCUCUGCAAAGAGGGCCACCGAGUUGUGGGAGUGUUCACAGUUCCAGAUAAGGAUGGAAAAGCUGACCCACUGGCUUUGGCUGCAGAGAAAAAUGGGACCCCUGUGUUCAAGUUCCCUAGAUGGAGAGUCAAGGGCAAGACCAUAAAGGAGGUGGCGGAGGCCUACAGAUCCGUGGGUGCUGAGCUAAACGUGCUUCCCUUCUGCACGCAGUUCAUCCCCAUGGAUGUAAUUGACAGCCCUAAGCAUGGUUCCAUCAUCUAUCACCCAUCUAUCCUUCCCAGACACAGAGGAGCCUCUGCUAUCAACUGGACUCUAAUCAUGGGAGAUAAGAAAGCUGGGUUUUCUGUUUUCUGGGCUGAUGAUGGUUUAGACACAGGACCCAUCCUCCUCCAGAGGUCGUGUGAUGUCGAACCCAAUGAUACAGUGGAUGCACUUUAUAAUCGGUUUCUUUUUCCUGAAGGAAUCAAGGCCAUGGUGGAAGCUGUCCAGCUCAUAGCCGAUGGAAAAGCUGCUCGUAUGCCCCAGUCAGAAGAAGCUGCAACAUAUGAAGGUAUCCAGAAAAAGGAAAAUGCUGAGAUCUCUUGGGAUCAGUCUGCUGAAGCUUUACAUAACUGGAUCCGAGGUCAUGAUAAAGUCCCUGGAGCUUGGACAGAGAUAAAUGGACAGGUGGUCACUUUCUACGGCUCAUCAUUACUGAAUAGCUCCAUCCCUCCUGGAGAACCACUGGAAAUUAAAGGUGCCAGGAAGCCUGGUCUUGUUACCAAAAGCGGCCUUGUUCUUUUUGGUAACGAUGGAAAAGCACUGAUGGUGAGAAAUCUGCAGUUUGAAGAUGGAAAAAUGAUUCCUGCCUCUCAGUACUUUUCAGCGGGUGAGACAUCAGUGGUGGAACUUACAGCCGAAGAGGUGAAGGUGGCAGAGGCCAUCAAGGCCAUCUGGGCUGGGAUUUUAAGCAACGUCCCUGUUAUUGAAGAUUCAACAGACUUCUUUAAAUCUGGAGCAAGCUCAAUGGAUGUUGUCAGGCUGGUUGAAGAGAUAAGACAGAAAUGUGGAGGACUUCAGUUACAGAAUGAGGAUGUUUAUAUGGCCACCAAGUUUGAAGACUUCAUCCAAAAAGUCGUGAGGAAACUGAGAGGAGAAGAUCAAGAAGCGGAGCUAGUGGUGGAUUAUGUUUCAAAGGAGGUCAAUGAAAUGACAGUAAAAAUGCCAUAUCAGUGCUUCAUAAAUGGACAGUUCACAGAUGCCGAUGAUGGACAGACUUAUGACACCAUCAACCCAACAGAUGGAUCUACGAUAUGCAAAGUAUCCUAUGCCUCUUUGGUGGAUGUUGAUAAAGCAGUGGCAGCAGCCAAAGGUGCUUUUGAAAAUGGUGAAUGGGGAAGAAUGAAUGCACGAGAAAGAGGAAUAUUGAUGUACAGACUAGCAGACCUACUGGAAGAGAACCAAGAAGAGCUGGCGACCAUCGAAGCCCUCGAUUCAGGGGCUGUCUACACCUUGGCUCUGAAGACUCACAUUGGAAUGUCUGUGCAAACAUUCAGGUAUUUUGCUGGCUGGUGUGACAAAAUUCAAGGUUCUACAAUUCCCAUCAACCAGGCCCGUCCAAAUCGCAAUCUGACCUUCACCAGGAAGGAGCCACUUGGUGUCUGUGCUAUUAUCAUCCCCUGGAACUACCCGCUGAUGAUGCUGGCGUGGAAGAGCGCCGCGUGCUUGGCAGCAGGCAACACCUUAGUGCUCAAGCCAGCGCAGGUCACGCCCUUGACUGCUUUGAAGUUUGCAGAGCUCUCUGUUAAAGCAGGCUUUCCAAAGGGGGUGAUCAACAUCAUUCCAGGCUCAGGUGGCAUAGCAGGACAGCGCCUUUCUGAACAUCCUGAUAUCCGGAAACUCGGUUUCACUGGUUCCACUCUGAUUGGCAAACAGAUCAUGAAGAGCUGUGCUAUGAGCAACUUGAAGAAAGUUUCCCUUGAACUUGGUGGCAAAUCCCCACUUAUAAUAUUCAGUGACUGUGAACUUGACAAGGCCGUACGAAUGGGCAUGGGAGCAGUAUUUUUCAACAAAGGAGAGAACUGUAUUGCAGCUGGUCGGUUGUUUGUGGAAGAAUCCAUCCAUGAUGAAUUUGUGACAAGAGUGGUGGAAGAAAUUAAAAAGAUGAAAAUUGGUGAUCCACUUGACAGAUCUACUGAUCAUGGACCCCAAAAUCAUAAGGCCCAUCUGGAAAAGCUCCUGCAGUACUGUGAAGCCGGAGUGAAAGAGGGGGCCACCUUGGUGUACGGAGGAAGACAAGUCCAAAGGCCAGGCUUUUUUAUGGAACCUACUGUCUUCACAGAUGUGGAAGACCACAUGUAUCUUGCCAAAGAGGAAUCCUUCGGGCCUAUUAUGGUCAUUUCUAAAUUCCAAAAUGGGGACAUCGAUGGAGUAUUGCAGCGAGCAAAUAAUACAGAGUACGGCUUGGCCUCAGGGGUUUUUACGAGAGACAUAAAUAAAGCUAUGUAUGUGAGUGAAAAGCUAGAGGCAGGAACUGUUUUUAUUAACACCUACAACAAGACGGAUGUGGCAGCCCCUUUUGGUGGGGUUAAGCAGUCUGGCUUUGGAAAAGACUUAGGUGAGGAAGCUCUAAACGAGUACCUCAGAACCAAGACCGUGACGCUGGAAUAUUAGAGCAGUGCCGUCAUCAGGAACCCCUCUCAGACAGCACCGCUCCGCAGCUCUCCACACCGAAGAAGCCGGGCUGUGCUGAGGAAGGAGGUGUCAGCCACCAGCUGAAAAAAACCACAAGGACCACAAAGAGGGUCGGGCCACGUGUCUAAGCAUUUACACGUGUUCCUGAGUAUUUUCUAAUACCCCUUUUAUACCUUAAAAUGAUGUGUAGUUGUUGGGUUUUGACUAUCUCAUAUACCACACAUAUUUCUAAAAUAUCAAGCUGCUUUUUUUGUUCCCCACCAAGACUAACCUAGUCAUGGUUGUUCAUCUUGCAGAUGUCAAUAUCAUGCAGUUAUAAUACAGAAAGUGCAUUGUUAGGAGCCCUUGUAUAAUAUGUACAGGUUUUAACCUCUGAACCAGGCAUAUAGGGUUGUUAAAAAGAUUUUAUGUAAUUUUGCUCUCAAGAAACAGUAUAUCCUCUAAGGAAUGUGAAGGAAGUUCUUUUUUUUUUUUUUUUUCCUUUUGGAAAUAAGAUACAUCUUUGUGCCUUUGAUGUUCUAUUUUUCAACCCACUGUGAUGAGUGACCAAUCCAGAAACAGUUCUUGAGUACCUACCAAGUACGAGGUACUAUAUUAUGUCCUGAGGAGUAUACAAAAUUUAAUGACAUGAUCUUUGGGCCCAAAUAGUUUAAAUUCUAGUCAAUAGCUUUUAAAGUGGAUUUUAUAGUAUGAUGUAUUAUAAAGUAAAUAGCUUUUGGAGGCUUAUCUUGGUUCAUAUCAUACCAUCUUACUAUCUAUGUGACUUUGGGAAACUUAUGCAACUUCUCAGAGCCUCAGUCUCCUUAUAUGUAAAAUGGGGACAGUAGUGCCUCCCUCGGAAGCCUUAUUAUGAGGAUUCAAUGCAAUAAUCUUAGUACAGCACCUUGCACUGGGCUUUGUUUGUGGUAAAUCCUCAAAUACUCAAUAAAAGUUAAGUGCUUUCCCCAUCACUAUUUUAAAAAUAUAGUGAGAUAUAUUAGUUCAAUGAAUUAAUUUCCCUACAACCCUUUCCAGUAGUCAUCAAUUCCUAUGCUGCUUUUCUCCUCCAUUGUCUGACCCAGCACCUGAUACAGCAGCACUGGAAAAUACCAUGUAGUGAAAAAUGGUACAAGGAAAAGGGUGCUUUUCUCUCUACAGCUCAUUCGUCCUUCUAGGACAUUUGGUUUCCCAUUCUCCUACCAAUUGGUUCUGCCGCCCACUAGCUGGGUGAUCUUGGGCAAAUUAGUUACCUAAUAUCUCAAAGCCCAGAUUUGGCAUCUAUAACACAGGGAUAAAGUCCCUAUCUCAUUAGGUGUUGUAAGGAUCCGGUGGGAUAAUAUACAUAACGCACUCAACAAGGUGUCUGGACCAUUCUCUGCGCUCAAGAAAGAGGAAUUAUUACAACCCAUGUAGUACUCACGUAAUUGCUCAUUGUCAGACAAGAGUAGGUGGGUAGAUUCUAACCAUCCAUGUAUGACUAGAAGAAGGUGAGAUCCUGAAUUGAAGAGUCUUUGGCAGGUGGUCAGAGCAAUUAAUUUCCAUGAAUCCUCCUUUUAAAGUAAAAUUUCAGUAAACAUCUCUAUCUCAUUGGCUUUGAAGAAGCCCUUAGGGAUUACUUGUUACUUCGGAAACUUGGCAGCUUAACGUCAGAAGAAUGUACGGAAUCAGUAAUCAAUAAACAACAAUAACAAAAAUCAGGGGCAGAAAACAUUCAAUAGGAAUAAUAUCAGAGAUGAUCCUGGAUGAUCAACAGAGCAAAUUUUGCCUGUAAGCAUUUUUUAUUGUACCACAGCUCAUUCAGAGCUCGGCACAGGUGAAAUUCUAAAUGUGGACCCAGCUGGGUUCAAACUGACAGUUCAUAUUUGAAUAAAAUGACAAUGUUCUUAAUAGAAAGGAACCACUUUUUAAAUGCAGUGUUUUAACUGAUUUCAUGUGAUUUAAAGUAUCACUUUACCAGAUAUUUUAAUGAUAGAUGAAAUGGCAAACAAAAACCUGGCCAUUUCUUCUAGAAUGACUUUUACCCUCUAAUAUUACUCUCACUAGCAGUGCUUUUAAUAGUUUUUGGGCCAUAAACCUCUUUGAGAAUCUGAUAAAAGCUAUAGAUCUCCUCUGUCCCAAACUCACACGUACACACCUAGUUCUGCAAAUAACUUCAAGAGAUUCACAGACCUCCUAAAACCCAUGCUUGACCUCCAGAUUAAGAACUCCCUUUUCCCAUAGCGAGUUCUAAAGUUCUCAGCGGCUUGAGUUUUUAUAUCCGACUGCUGGCCAGAAUCAAAGGCUCCAUGGAAUUUAAAAAAUUACCAGUGAAUUUGAAUUGGAACGUAACAAUGCACGGCCUACUAGGUGAUUUAAUUAACACACUGAGUAAUUAAUUUAUCACCAUUUCUUCAGAUCACUGAUUAUUUUGCUAAUCUAAAGGAGAAAGCUGUGAUCUGUCCCCCGAACCGGGGAGUUGGGGAGGUGUAGACACUUUUAAAAGUUCUGUUUUCCUUCCAAGUCCACUUCCUGAUGCCUUUGCUAAAGCAGCCCCCCGCACCCACCCACCCCCCCAGCCUUUUACUGAAAUACACCCUCCCUGGCCUCUCCUAUCCCCCAACUUGCUUGUAAGUGUCUCUCUAUCCUCUCACUUGUCUGGAACAUAGUACUUACCACUUGGUGCUGGAAUUACUGGUCUUCCUAAUUAGAUAUGAGCACCCCUCCCCCACCCCCAGGACUGGCAUCUGUCAAUAACAACAGCUAUCAUUUAUUGAGGGGCUGCUGUGCGCUAGUCACUAUGCUAAGCCAACUUAAUCUUCACAACAUCUGAAAAGAUGAAUAAAUCAAGGUGCUCUUUUUCCUGGCUCCACCACUACCAAGAGGUUAUCGCCAGUCUCUUGACUGGCCUUCCCAAUUCCUCCCUGUGUGACUCUCUUCAAAGCUUGAGUCAGAUGGUGUCACUCCUCUGCUCAAAACCUUCUAAUGGCCCCCAUUUCACUUAGAAUAAAGUCCAGUGUACUUACUGUGCAAAGUCCUAUCAAUUCUGUUCCCAGCUACCUCUAACUUCAUCUCCUAUCAACUACCCUCUCAUUCUCUUUAGCCACCCUGGCUGCCUUGAUGUUCCUCCAACUGAUCAAGCACACUGCUACCUCAGGGCCUUUGCACUUACUGCUCUUUCUUCUUAGUGGUGUGCUGGUAGAUAUUUAACAAGUGGCUCUCUGAGAGGAAAAGAAAACUCUGAUUUGUAGCAUUUGCUGAUUUCUGUGUACAGAUGCUCUCACGAAGGCUGAUUUCAAGCUACCAACUUGACUUCACUGAAUGCAGAGUUGGGAUGAGAUGUGGGUAAUUAGAACAAGUGUGGGCCAGCGCCAGCACACCACUGCCUCUUCCUGAAACUCUUUCCCCACAUACCACCCCCAGCUGGUGGCUGCCUUACUUCCUCCAAGUCUCUGCUCAAACAUCAUCUUAGUAGAGAUCCAUUUGCUGACCACUCUUCCUAAGAUAGCACAUAGAUCCCCAUAUUCACACCUCAUCUGUCCUCAUUCUUUAGUCUCCUUCUCCUGCAUUAUUGUUGUAGCACUUACCACCACCUGGCAUAGUUAUUAUCAUCGAUUUCUUCCCAUUAGAAUGUAAGCUUCGUGAACAGGUGCUGCUUCGUUCAAGGACGUUAUCUCCAGUGUCUAACACGUAGGAGGAGCUCAAUAAAUAUUUGCUUUCAAAUGAAAGAGGUUAAGAAACCUGCCCAGAUCACACAGCUAUUCAGUGGCAGAACAGGCACUCAAGCAAUGAAGCUGGUAGUCUUAACCAAGCUAAGAUGCUGUUACUGCCGAUGCCUGAAUCAGGCCCUCAGUAAUGAAUAGCAGGCAAAUGUUAAACAUUUGUCAAAGUAAAAAGCUAAGCAGAGUGAACAUUAGCUGCAAGAGCUUUUGUGAAAAUGACUAGACAGGACAAGGAACUAAACUGGUUCCCCCAUACCUCCCUUCUAAGACAAUAGAAGCUAUCAAGGGAAACCUGGGCUAUAAGUAGAUUAUCAGACAUGAAACAUGAUGGAUAGGGUGGAUUAUUAUUAUUAUACCUAUUAUGCAAAUAACACCCAAGCGGAUUUUUAAAAUGAUUAAUACCUAAUUUUGUAAAAAUAAUAAAAUGGGAAGGUAAGAUUCAACCAUAAACUCUCCACAAAUAACCACAGAUAUUUGAGAUGUUCCAGAUUUUUUCUAUGAAUACACUUUUUUUAGAACUAGUAUAAUACUGUACAUAACUUUACCUGCUUUUUUCAAUUAACAAUAUGUAAGCAUCUUUCUAUGUCAAUAAACAUACCUCUGCAUAUGUUCAGUGGCUUUAAUUCAA